AUUGAAUCAUUAUUCAUCAAUAUCUUAUAUGGUAUCAGAGCUUUAAAAAGGAAUCUCUCCUUUUUUUCUCGAUCUCUUCUUUACGUUUGUUUUCUGCACUCUGUGUGUUCGCCGGUCAUCAUGACCUCUGGCAGCACCUCCUCCGCCAUCACUAAGGACACCACGGUGAUCCAACUUCACGCCAAAACCCAUUUUCCGAUCAAAUUGGUGACAACCAACUUCUCGAUAUGGCAGCGCCAGGUACGUUCCACCCUCAUCGGUCUGGAUCUACUGGGCUAUAUCGAUGGCACCAUGCCGACGCCGCCUACAAUCAUUGACGGUGCCGCAAAUCCAUGCCACUCUAUUUGGUUCCGCCAAGACCAGUCAAUUGUGGGUGCCCUCCUUGGGAGUUGUUCCGAUCUGGUUCAACCCAUCAUCUCAAAUGUUGAUACGGCUCGUGCUGCCUGGACGAGUUUACAUUCUGCGUUUGCUAGCGCAAGCCGUGGUCGAGUUCUCUCCCUCAAAUCUCACCUCGGGAAAAAUCCUCGUGGUAAUCGCUCAAUUGAGGACUAUUUAUUUGAUAUGCGGUCCAUUGCCAACGAGUUAGCGCUUAUUCAAAAUCCUAUCUCUGAGCAAGAUCUGGUGGUUCAUGUUCUCAAUCAAGUUGGGGAUGAAUAUGAUGCCAUCGCAUCUGCUGCUUUGCUCCGCCCUACGUCGAUCGCCUUUACUGAACUUGGGGACAUUCUAAAAGAUCAUGAGCGUAAACUCAAAACCUCUGAUGAUGCCAAAUCCACUUUGGUGGCUACGGCUAACUACACUCAGCACCGAACCUCUGGUCGCUCCUCGCCAGUGCGUCGUGAUGCCCCCUCUGCCAGUAGCUCUCAUUAUCGUCGUGGGCGUCAGGCUGGCGGCGGUGGGGCUCGGUUCACUAGACAGCAGUCUACCAACUGCCACUUUUGUGAUAUUCCUGGCCAUGACGUGAAGGAGUGCCGUAAACUCACUCGGUUUUUGCGCAAUCAUGGCGUCUCUUCGUCUCCAUCUGCACAUAAUACUAUGGUGUCAUCCACUGCUGGGCAGCAAUGGUUAUUUGACAGCGGAUCUGAAAACGGGGGCGAAGCUCCUCACCGGGGAUAAUCAACAUGGUGUCUACUAUGCUCGAUCCUUAAAGCCCGGGCCGCAGGUGCACUUUCAUACUCAAGGGUCUGUCUCCGAGUUUCAUCACCGCCUUGGUCAUCCGUCGAAUAAAGUUUUAAUUUCUAU